GUCCCAGGGAAAAAGAUUCGCCCCGGGCUGCGCGUACUCGCUGGUGCGACCCCGUGGUGUCAGACGUGCACAGUGUCCCCCAGCGGCCCCUGCGUCGCCACCCCUGGAGCCCAGCGCAGGCGGGCCAAUGGGCGCGCCGCCGCCCGCCGUGGCAGGCAAGGGGCUGUGACGCGGAGACUUGUUUCAUCAAACAAGCCCGCUGGCUUGCGACAUGCGCGCGAGCGUUGUGCAGCCUCCACUGGCGGCCGUCAGCCUCGCUGCGGGAGGCGCUUUUUUUAGCCCCGAGCGUGCGCCCACUGCCCUCUUCGGUGCAGAGCAGCACCACCUGCGCAGACUCUGCGCUGCGUGGCCGCCGCGUUGGGGGGGCCGCGCAACGAAGCCUGCCGCAGACGCUCGCUCGAGUGGAGUGCGCGGUGGAGCCCGCAGUCGAUCUCGCGGUCUGGACAAGUGCGUACCCAAGAAUCGAGGUUCCAAGACCGCGUCGGAGCGACAGGACGACGUGUGCGCAUCGGCCCGCCGCGGCGGCGACGUUACCCCUGAGGGCCGCAUGCCAUGGAUGGGACGCGGCACGCAGCGAACGGCGUCGCCCUUCAUCAAAAGGGCCAAGGCCUCCGCUGGCGGGUCGCCCGUCGGACACUCGCUCUGAUUGACGGCGACACCACCAGUUGAGCGCUCUUCAUGCCUGCGGCCGUCGUCUCACCGCCAUCGCAGCGAUCAGAGCAGCUCUCCACCGCCGGCAUUCUAGACGUCGUCGCAGCCAGAGCCACGCCGAGGGCAACGGCGAGGCCAUCAACCGCUUCGGGG